CCUCGUACACAAAAAGACAGACACAAACACAAACACAAAUUCCCUUUCUUUCUUUCUUUCUUUCUUUCUUUCGCUUUCACCCAUCAUAUCAAAACCAUCCAAAACGGGUGUUCCUCUGUGGAUGCUUGGAUUCGGUGCAGUUCGUCUGCGAACCGACAUGAAUCGCUUGCUUUCAGUCCUCUUCCACCAAGGCGUUCUCGAUGAACAGUUCUUGCAGCUCCAACACCUCCAAGAUCAAUCCUCCCCCAACUUCGUCUCCGACGUCGUCACCAUCUACUUUCACGAAUCAGAAAAGCAGCUUCGCAACCUCCGAAACCUACUGUUGGAUAAGGAGACAUGGGAUCAUGUUAAGCUCGGAAUACAUUUGAAUCAGUUGAUGGGAAGCAGUUCCAGCAUUGGUGCUAAAAGAGUUCGAAACAUUUGUGCUGUGUUUCGGGCUGCAGUUGAACAGAAUAAUCGGCCAGCGUGCAUGAGGGCAUUAGAGGUGCUUGAACACGAAUAUUGUUAUCUGAAGAACAAGUUGCAUGAACUUUUUCAGAUGGAGCAACAAAGAGUGCUUGGAGAUGCAGUGAGGGGGGAAUGUAAAACGGGCUACUUUUUAGUGUUGUCUUUUUCUAUCGCACUCUUUUGGGAUAGUCGGCGCAAGAUUCCUUUCUUCCUUUUUAACGUUUUUGUCAAGAAUUGGAGUUGUCUUGACGUGAGGGUGCCAAAAGGAUGGUCACAUCAUCACAACACACUUCUACCGCCACCGCGCCACCAUUGGGAUGGUGUUCACGCCAAUGACGCCCAUCAAGUGCCCGAUGAUGCUCCCAUUCCUGAUAGUUAA